UCUCUUCUCUCUCUCUCUCUUUCUCUGUUCCGUUCUCUCUUCGCGCGCGCGUCCCCGAUUACGGUACUUAGAGUUUCAAAGAACGUACAACCUUCCUCUCGUUCGGCAACGAACUCGACGUGUCGGUGCGGCGAAAUAUCAAGAAGAUUUGAACGACGAAGAGCGGCCCGGAACAUGAAAACACUUGUGGAGAAUCAGCUGUCCUGGCUCGCGCUGUUCAUGACCGCCUUGUAUUCUCUGCUUGCUAGCUGCCGAGGUGAAGAGUGCGGACACGAGGAGCUGGUGAGGUGCGCCAGACCCCUUGAGAGAAUCAGCAAUAGCGACCUGAGUUUCGUCACGAAAAAGGAGGAUAUCAACAAACUAUGCCCGGAUCUCGAAGCAGGUAUGAAGUGCAUCAAAAAGUACACGCUAACUUGCAUGCAGCAAAAGCAACGGGAGCACUUCAACUCUCUGUACACCGGCACCAACAUGGCUAUCAUGGAGCUUUGCCAAGACGGCCCGUACCAGGACGAAUUCUUGAAACACGCGCCGUGCAUGCAGAAAUCCAAAGCCGAAUACGAGCUUUUGUGUUACAAAUCGUAUCAGAAGACGACUCAAGAAAUAAUGACCAAUGGCUCAUUGGGACAGCAGAAUCUCAAGUCCCUUUGCUGCGCCUUCCAGGAGUACUUGGAAUGCUCUCAUCAUACGGUGCGCCGUCAGUGUGGCGAUGAUACAGCACGAUUCACGAAGGAGUUCCUCGACAGAAUGUCAAGCUCGUUGCUGAAGGCGCACUGUGCGCCCUACACGGAAUGUACCGUGAACAGCGGUAUCUCGACGCUAAAUCUUUCUGCCAUUAUGCCAAUGACGCUUAUUCUCCUUAUGAGGUACUUCACGUAAUUGGUCUCGGCCAAGAUCAUUUUUUAUCUUCGAAAGAUAGAAAAUAGGGAAAUGAGAGAGGGCGGGAUAUAUAGAGAAAGGGGAUCGAGGAAGAAGAAUGAAGAGAUGAGAAGAAGGGCGCUCCAAGAAGACGAGAAGAAACUGGAGAUAGCCCAUUCGGCUUUUAUCGUGCUUUGCUUCAGAGAGAAUAUAUUCCUUAUUUUCGAAGAGUUCUCGGUGAAAGAUCGAAGAAGAGGCCGUAGCGAUCAAAGGGGAAGAAAGGAGAGCAUCAGGGGAAAAGAGGAUAUCCACAAGGGCUUGAGAAGUGAGGAGAGAUAUAUAGAGGAGGAAAAGUACGGCGUUUCUUUCUCCGUAGAAAAUAUAUUUUUCAUUUGCAAGAUGAUGCGAGAGAUCGCAAUAAUCACGAUUACGGGAGCAGGCAACAACGAGAGAUCGGUGUAUUAAGAGCCGAAGGGAUAUCAGGGGAAGGGAAAUGCUUUAGAAAUACGUUAUGAAAGGGUUGUGGAAGUCAGAGGGAGCGGAAUCGCAUAAGAGGAUUUUCAGGAACAGCUCCCUUCCACCGCACGUCAUGGAAGUAUCGAACGAUAAAAUCGAUCGUGAUGCGAUGUAUCUGAAGAAACGGAGUCUCUUCGUUCAAUGCGAUUCGCUAGUCCGUACGAUACCGCGACAGACGCAAGACUGACUCGAUUUUUCCGCGGUUUUGUCACGAGAUGAGCAUAAGGUAAAAAGAAGAAAAAAAAAAAAACAAUACUCCUUAUUAACCGGCGAGAUCUUUCGCGGAUUGUCCUUUGGAAUGGCCGCGCGCGUGCUGUUUCAACGCGAGAACGCGAGAUAGAAUUUGAUCCUCGAGAAUACGUGGCGUUUGGAUGAAGCCGGAGAAAAAGACGGUAAGGGUAAAACAUUUAUAGCGAGGAAGAAGGCAAACGUGCCUUUCCGGCACGUUUUCGCCUCGAUUUCGAAAAAGAGCACUCGUGCGGAACGAACGAGCUAUCGUCGCCUAGAAAUCAAUUUCAUCGAAUAAUCACGAUCUAUCGAUUCGCGCGAACAGCGUUAGAGAGAAGGAAGCUCGGCGAGACGAGUCUGAGUCGUCUGAGUAGAGCAAAGAAUUUCUACUUGAGCAGAGGGAACGGUGGAUAAAAUCACGGUGCGUUCUUUCGCGCGGGUAUGUUUCGGUAGAAAAUGCAAUCGCUAUGUUGCCGUCGAUUCGAGAAGCACCGUGUGUCGCCUCGCUGAAAGUUGGAGAAAAGUUCAAAUUGACACGCGUUAUCCGUGACUCAUCCGAAAUGCGGCGUUUUCGAGAGAGGAUCAGUACAAUUAAACUAACUCGUCCUCGAAAUAACGGCGAGCCGAUAGGUAACGAAGCUUCGAGCUAGGUAUGUCAAAUUAAUUUUCCUUCCAUACGGCUUAUACCAGCACUGCCGCAGUAUAUUCGUACUUUCAAUAUUUGCGAAAUCCGAGCGAGAUCCGAAAGUUUGAAGAGCACUUUUUAAUUUCAUCGGCAUAAUGUGACUUUAAAAAAAAAAAAAUUUUUUUUUAAUUCUUUCUCAUCGGAAAAUGCAUACAGAAUCACGGGGAAUUCUGUGCAAGUGAAAGACCGACAUAAUUAGGAUAAGUAAAAAGAAUUGCUCUUAAA